CUGACCUUAGGAGAUCCACCUGCCUCGGCCUCCCAAGGUGCUGGGAUUGCAGGCGUGAGCCACUGUGCCCGGCUGUCCUUUGUUUUCACUUGCUCUUCAAUUGCUUGCUUAGGAGAUGAAUAUGUAUAUAUGCACGUGUGUGUAUCUCGGCAAAGUCCCCUGUCGUAGGCAGGAUAAGGGCCCCCUGAAAGAUGUGCACGUCCUGGUCCCUAGAACCUGUGAAUAUGUUACUUCCCAAGGCAAAAGAACUGAGUGUGGUGAGGUUUUGGAUCCUGAGAUGGGGGGGAUUCCUGGAUUAUAUGUGGUUGGCCCAGUGUGAUCACAAGAGGCAGAAGGGUCAGAGUCCUGUAAGGAGUAUAAGGAGAUUUGACGACAAACCCAGAGAGACGAAGAUGUCUUACUGCUGGCUUGAAGAUGGAAGAAAGAAAAGUAGGUGGCAUCUAGAAGCUGGAAAUUGUCCUCAAACGUCCUCCCCAAGAGCCUCAGGAAGGAACCCACACUACUGAAACUUUCCCUUAGGACUUCUGACCUCCAGAACUGUGAGAUAACACGUUUGCAUUGUCUCAAGCCACUAUGGGGGUGGCAGUUUGUUAAAGCAGCAGUAGGUAACUAAUGUAGCCACAGCAGAAUUUUAAAAUAGUAAUAGCAGGCACUAGGCCUUGCUAAUGUCCACACUUGCUGGAAUGAUCUGGGUUGCCUGUCUCCCUACUCAGCUGUUUACACUUACCGUUAUCAUACCCAUUUUGUAGAUGAGGCUGCCAGGCUUGAGAGAACCACCACUACCUGGUUGAAGAGGGGAGGGGCAGCUCAGCAUUGGCCUCUGCAGCGCGGAUCUCCCGGCCAGGCUCUCAGCUGUCAGGUGAGUUCACCUCACACCUCCCAGGAGACACGGACAAUGGCAGUGAAUGGAGCCAGGAGGACCCGGAGUGUGGGCUUGCCACUGAGAAGCUGAGGCCAGGAAUCCUACAACCAGAACUCUGUGCCCCAGGAUGGAGGCUCUGGCCCAGAAGGCUGGGCAGGGAGGAAUCUCCACGGCCGAUGCCCGGGGUGCCUCUGGGGCCUGGGAGAAGAGGCCCGAGGAGCCGAGGCCCCUCGAACAGGACCGAACUGGGAGCCGCCCCACUCAAAAGGGGGACCUGCGUGGAGGGAUGGCGGACGGUAGGACGACUCCCCCAGGUGGGGGCUCCCAGGGCUGCAACCUCAGGGUGAGCCCGGGCUCGGGGAUCAGACCCCUCGUGCGGGAGCCGCGCAGCCCCACCUCUUCUCAGGACCCUGAGCUAGUUACCCGCGAGGGGCUGCAGGCCGGGGAGGACCCCUGUGGGAGCCCGGCGCGUGGCAGGGACUGUAGCAGGAACUCCUGCCUGGCGCGGCAUCGCGGGGUGCCCGCUGGGGAGACGCCACCCGUGUGUGACCCCUGUCCGGAGCGGCUCCAGAACUGCCCCCGGACUCAACUGUGUGAGGUCCACACGGACUGUUGGCCGUGCCAACUGGGGACGGGCGCUCCGACCUGCCCGAGGACCCCAAAGCCGACCUCCCGCGGGAGGAGCCCCUCGGUGGAGCAGCCCCAGGCUUGCGCGUGCGGAGAGGCCUUUGCGUGGAGGGCCCUGCGGAUCCCCCAGGAGCGGCUACAGGCGAUGGAGGAGCCCGGUCCGUGUGCCCGGUGCGGGAAGCGCUUCCGCCCCAACCAGCAGCAGCAGACGGGCAAGGGCCCCCCAGUGUGUCCUGAGUGCGGCCAAACCUCGCGACCUCGCCCGGGUGUCCCCAACCCCCCGGCCCAGCGGCUGUACGCUUGCGACGAGUGUGGCAAGGCCUUCACGCGCACCUCCAGCCUGCUGCAGCACCAGCGCAUCCACACGGGCGAACGGCCCUACGAGUGUGCCGAGUGCGGCAAGGCCUUCGUGCGCUGCUCCGGCCUGUACCGCCACCAGAAGACGCACUCGGCCGAGCGCCACCGCCGUGGCCCAGUCCUGGCCCGGCGCGCCUUCCGGCUGGGGUGCCCGCCCUGCGGGGACUGCGGCGAGCGGAGUCCCCGACGGGGGUCGGGAGCCGGGGAGAAGCCGUACGAGUGCGCCGACUGCGCCAAGGCCUUCGGGCUGUUCUCGCACCUCGUGGAGCACCGGCGUGUGCACACCGGCGAGAAGCCCUACGCUUGCCCCGAGUGCGGCAAGGCCUUCAACCAGCGCUCGAACCUGAGCCGGCACCAGCGCACGCACAGCAGCGCCAAGCCCUACGCGUGCCCACUGUGCGAAAAGGCCUUCAAGGGCCGCUCGGGCCUGGUGCAACACCAACGCGCGCACACCGGCGAGCGGCCCUACGGCUGCCCCGAGUGCGGCAAGACCUUCCGCGGCUGCUCCGAGCUGCGCCAGCACGAGCGCCUGCACUCGGGCGAGAAGCCCUAUAUCUGCCGCGACUGCGGCAAAGCCUUCGUGCGCAACUGCAGCCUGGUGCGCCACCUGCGAACGCAUACGGGCGAGCGGCCCUACGCGUGCGGGGAGUGCGGCCGCGCCUUCAGCCAACGCUCCAACCUCAACGAGCACCAGAAGCGGCACGCAGGCCGCGCCGCGCCUUGACCACCGGGAGCCGACGCUUCGCCCAAGCGAACCCUGCGUCGAGGAGGGGCCUUUGUCCCCGAAAACCCACUGUUUGUAACCUUGAUUAAACUUCACUUUGUACACAUGGCGUC